AUGGCUUCCGAGCUGGCAAAUUCCGCAUGGAAGGUAAUUCCCAUGUUUGAGUCGCGAUCGAUACCCCGCACCAUCGAAUUCUACACCCAAAAGCUCGGUUUCGAACUUGCGAGCGUAAAGCCCGAGGAUGCGUCUUCUGAGCUGUAUUUCUGCUCCAUGGCCAUCGGCAAAAAAGCGGAUGCCAACUUUUACUUUUUCAAGUCAACCAAAGAAUUCAAAACCUCUGAGGCGAUGAUCGCUUUAGGCACGUUGGAAUUAGACGAAUAUUACGAGGUCCUGAAGACACUGCCCGAGGUGGAAAUCACUGAGGAGAUUGAGGAUAAGCCUUGGGGAUAUCGACAAUUUACAAUCAGCGAUAACGAUGGCAACCAUUUGUCCUUUUUCAAAUUCCUGGAAGGGGGAAAUCCCGGAACAGAAUGA